AUGGGGUCUGUCAGGAACCAGGCGGGCAACGUGGAAAGAAGAGCGCUUGCUCUCCAGCAGGACCUUGUCAAUCUCAACUACUACUCACAGCACGCCGCCGCAGCCUACUGCAACGCGGAAAAGACGCCGAGGCAGUUUAUCCAAUGCAACGGAGCAUGUCCAGCCGUCGAGUCGUCCAGGGCUACCGUCUUUGCCAGCUUCACUGGCACCCUGACCGGAGUUGCUGGCUACGUGGCCGUCGACAGGUACCGCCGUGAGAUUGUCUUGUCCAUCCGGGGCACACACAGCAUCCGCAACUUCAUCACCGACCUCGUCUUCACGUGGGAGGACUGCGUCUACUCCAGCGGAUGCAAGGUCCACUCGGGCUUCGCCAAUGCCUGGUCCGACAUCUCCAAUGCCGCGGGCAAUGCCGUGGCCGCUGCCAGCCGGUCCAACCCGGGCUUCCGAAUCAUCGCCACGGGCCACUCCCUCGGCGGAGCAGUGGCCACCAUCGCCACAGCCCAUCUUGAGCGCCGCGGCUUCGUCGUCGACUGCUACACAUACGGCUCGCCGCGCGUCGGCAACGAGCAGUUUGUCGGCUUCAUGGGCCGCCAGCGCGGCCGUCACUGGCGCGUCACUCACCUCGACGACCCGGUCCCCCGGCUGCCCCCAAUGUCCAUGGGAUACCGCCACGUCUCUCCCGAGUAUUGGCUGGCCAACGGCGGGGCGGAACAGGACAGCUACGGGCUCGAGGACGUCUUGAUGUGCUACGGCUCCGUCAACGCCAACUGCAAUGGCAACACGCUCGGCUUCAACCUUGGCUCCCACCUGCACUACUUUCGCCAGAUUGCUGCCUGUGCCCCUGCUUCCUUUCAGUGGAGGCGCAGUAAUGACCAGGUUUCUGCCGAGGAGCUUGAGCAAAGGCUGACUGCGUGGAGCCAGAUGGAUAUAGAGUAUGCCAAAAACAUGAUGUACUAUUACGAAGUGGUAGAAAACAACGAAAUUGAAGACACUUGA